UUAUUUUGUUCGAAUCAAUACAAUACAAACACUUCUCUCUCUCUCUUCUUUCUCUCUCUAAAUUCUUCUGUGUCCACUUUUUCUCAAAAUUUUCUCAGAAAACCCAAUUCACAAGAAACACACAGCCAGAGAGAGAGAAGGCCACAUGACGUAGCAGAGAGAGAGAGAGAGAGAGAGAGAGAGAGAGAGAGAGCAGUACAGAAAUCCCAAUGCACCCAUACAACCGGCUACCGAGUAGCGGACACAACAGCCCAUCGCCGCCGCCUUCGCCGCUCCGCUCGCCCCGGUUCCGACACGGCCGCUCCAAACCAGGUGGCCGGUUCAACCAGCCGGGUCGGACCCUAAUCCAGCGCAUCGUCUGGCACCUCCUUUCCGUUCUUAUCCGCCGCCAGGGCUUCUUCCUAUUCGCCCCUCUCCUCUACAUCGCCGGCAUGCUCCUCUACAUGGGCUCCGUCUCUUUCGAGGUCGUUCCCGUUAUCUCGCAUCGUCUCGCCCCCGGCUCCGUCUACCGCAGCCCCCAACUCUACGCCAAGCUCCGCCCCGAAAUGGAUGCUGAUAACUCCUCCGCCGAUGCGAUUUCAACUGUUUGGAAACAUUCCUAUAAAAGUGGCGAGUGGAGACCGUGUGUAAACAAAUCCUCUGGAGGUUUAGCCGACUCAAAUGGUUAUAUAUAUGUUGAGGCAAAUGGUGGUCUAAAUCAGCAGAGGACUUCAAUAUGCAAUGCAGUUGCUGUUGCAGGCUAUCUUAAUGCGACACUUGUAAUUCCCAAAUUUCAUUUUCAUAGCAUCUGGAGAGAUCCAAGUAAUUUCAGUGAAAUUUACGACGAAGAUUACUUCAUCAGUAUGUUGGAAAAUGAUGUACGUGUGGUUGACAAGAUUCCUGAAUAUUUAAUGGAACGAUUUGACCACAAUAUGACCAAUGUUUACAACUUCAGAAUUAAAGCAUGGUCUCCCAUUCUGUACUAUGAGGAUGUUGUUCUCCCAAGGCUACUUGAAGAAAAGGUUAUACGGAUUUCUCCUUUUGCAAAUCGUUUAUCAUUUGAUUCUCCUCCUGCUGUCCAACGGCUAAGAUGCUUGGCAAAUUAUGAAGCUUUAAAGUUUUCAAGUCCUAUAUUAACUUUGGGAGAAGUUUUGGUUGUAAGAAUGAAAGAACGCAGCACAAAUUAUGGUGGAAAAUAUAUUUCUGUUCAUCUUCGGUUUGAGGAGGACAUGGUUGCGUUCUCUUGUUGUGUUUUUGAUGGUGGAGGGCAAGAAAAUGAAGAUAUGAAAGCAGCAAGGGAAAGAGGUUGGAAAGGGAAAUUUACCAAACCUGGUAGGGUUAUACGUCCUGGAGCAAUCAGGGUCAAUGGCAAAUGUCCCCUCACUCCCUUAGAGGUUGGCUUGAUGCUGAGGGGAAUGGGUUUUGAUAAGAACACAUUUAUAUAUUUGGCAUCCGGAAAGAUAUAUAAUGCUGAGAAGUCAAUGGCCCCAUUACUGGAAAUGUUUCCUAAUUUGCAGACAAAAGAGAUGCUAGCGUCAGAAGAGGAGCUUGCUCCAUUCAAGAAUUAUUCUUCCAGGAUGGCUGCGAUAGAUUACACUGUUUGUCUACAUAGUGAAGUAUUUGUGACAACUCAAGGAGGGAACUUUCCCCAUUUUUUGAUCGGACACAGAAGAUACAUGUAUGGUGGACACUCAAAGACUAUCAGGCCUGACAAGCGGAAGCUAGCAUUACUCUUUGAUAAUCCACAAAUUGGAUGGAAGACUUUCAAGCGUCACUUGCUGGGCAUGAGGUCCCAUAGUGAUUCAAAGGGCUAUGAGAUCAAGAGGCCUAAUGACUCUAUAUAUACCUUCCCAUGCCCGGAUUGUAUGUGCCGCUCAAACAAGACAGAAGAUUCAAGAGCAGCAUCAGCUACAUGAUUUUGCUUGAAGAUGCCUUUGAUUAUGAAUUUGUUGGAGGUCACAAUUGCCUGAUUCUUUACCCGGGAUCGUACGGUGAGGAAGUUGCAUAAUUUGUAUACGAUGUCAGAAGACAAGAUAGCGAGACAUAAAUCCUUCCAUCACAAGAGUUUCCCGGUUGUUUGACGGAGCAUUGUUUCAUAUCUGCAGCUGCUGUAUUUAACAAGCUGUGCACUGACAAAUCACAUUCCUUUCACACCCUGGUUUGGCCGUGUUUGUAGGUUAGUUAAGAGUUUGAUCUGCAAUUGCAAACAGGAUCAGGUAGGAUAAUUUUUGUACAUUUAUCCAAGAUCAGGGCAUUCGUUUUAUUUUGAUUCUUUUUUUUCUUUUCUUACGGUUCUUUUGGUGUUUCAUAUGUGUAUCAUUUCCUGACCUCUAUCCCCUUCCAUCGAAGUUUUACCUUUGUUACGGACGCUCCCAGGAUACGUUUUAAACUCCAUCAGUAUGUACAUUUUGUGAUACAGGGAGCUUCAAAGUAAUUACAGUUGGCCUCAAAUUUUUUAAAA